GUGGUCCAAAUCAAUCACAAAUAACUCAGGAUACAGCGAGUGUGGCAAUUAUCGUACACUAAUCAAAGAGUCACAGCCUUCAUUAUGUUUCUCACAAAGAGUUCAAGUGCGCGGCACUCGUUGCUGUGGCUUCUGUUGGCCUUUUGCUGCCUGAGCACUGCCUUGGGGGCCAAGAUAACGAAAAAGGUUGAGAAAACCUCGGAAAAGCCCGAGGCGGAGGCUGCAGCAUCGCCGAUUGAGGAGGAAAACGCUGAUGAUGACGAGGAUGAAAACGAAGACGAUGAGGAGGAGGCGGACGAACAGGAGGCGGCAGAUGCGGCGGAUGCGGCGGACAAAGAAGCUGCCUCUUCAAGCAACAAGAACCCCAAUGCAGUUCAGGCCGCCACCGAUCCCACCGAUCUCAGUGUCUGGGGCGUGGUUCGAACUCUUUGGGGCUGGCUGCGCAGCGAUCUGGGUGAAAGCCUAUUCGGCGAUGACGACAACGACGACGGGAAACCUGCGUCCGGCAGCUCAGCUGUGGAGGGACGUACCUUCGGCAAGAUCCGUCGCCUGCAGAUGGCUUUGAUCCCGAUUAUCUUCAAGUUUGGCGUUCUAUCGGCCAUGGUCGCCUUCCUGGUUGCCAUUGGCAUGAAGUCCCUGUUCCUGCUCAAGGUGCUGGUGGUGAUGAAUGCCAUUGCCAUUCUGGGCAAGUUCAUCACCCUGAAGUCGAGUCUGUUUGGACAGUACGAGAACACGGCGCCGUCGUUCAACUACCCAGGCUGGAAUCCCCAUGCCAAGGAGUCGUGGGGCACCACCGGAUAUAGUGCACACGGCAGCGCACAUCCGCCCAGCAAGGAGAUCCACCUGCACAUCCACGGCAACGCCCAGACCCAGGCUCAGCUGGCGGGUCAGGGCUACCAGUAUGAGUCGCAGUCAGGUGGUUGGGCCAGCCGAUCGGAUCCCUAUGGAGCCUAUGCACCCACUGGUCAGUUCACGGAUAGCCAGCCGGUGGGAGCUGUGGCCGGCGAGGUGCCCAACAACACGGACCCCAUGUCGCUGCUGCCCACGAAGUACCGGGCGAGACGCCUCAUCCGCUGAGCCAGAGCUGUGCCCCACCCAUGAUGGGAGUUCCACAUGGAAGUCAAGGACCACCGCGUUUAAUUAGCUAGCACACAUUUAGUCAGCGACUUUACGAGGACGCAGCUUUACGUACACCUAAAACUAUAGUUAGUAACAAAAACCUAGUGCUUAAUUAAAUUAUUUGCCCCCAAGUAGACCUAAAAUGAAUGAUACGUUGUAAUAAAUAGUAAUAAUACGUAUGUAAAA